AUGCAGAAACCAUUUCAGGGGCUUACGUUUUGUCCCACCGCUUUGCCAGAAGAGGUUUCAAGAAAUUUAUCGCGCAAAAUCACAAAGCUGGGGGGAGGCUACUCAAAGGACUUGACUAAAUCCGUCAACGUGUUGAUCGUCGGAAGCGUCGCUACCAACAAAUAUCGGUUUGCCGUUCAGAAUCGGUUUGAUAUAGCCUUCCUGGCCCCAGACGCUCUGGAUUCGAUCUACGAUCUUUGGCUUACUGGUGAAGAAAUUUCCAUGGAAUCACACUCAAACUACACGCAUAUCAAGAAUGGUAAAGAUCGCAUGCUCAAAGUUUUGCAAACGAGGUACCAGUUGGGGCCACUAAAAGACUUUGUUAUAUUCAUUGGUAGAGUAAAUGACACGCGCAAUGAUCAAUUCAGCACGGACGUGCUAGACAAACUAUGUCUACAACUAGGAGUUCAUUCGUGCAACACGCGACAUUUUGUCAAAGAAGUCCACUGGAGCCGCCCAACCGUCUUUGUUACCGACCAUUCGAAAGGAGCUCGCGUUGAUGCUGCUAGGUUACAGGGCUUGCCUAUUGUACACCCCAAAUGGAUUUCAGACUGCUACAAGAGAGACGCGCUGCUGGAUUUCGCAUACUAUCUGUUGGACAAUUGUCUUGUCAGCGACUACGAAUCAAUCGGACAAGGUGCAUGCAUGUGCUGGGAGGAGAUAGAAGCACGUAGAGAUUCAUCGUCAACCUCAUUAUCAGAUGACGCUUUAGAAACGCGCCAAACUCAGCGGGCUAUUAGGGACAAAUUUGCCUCAGACGGAGAUCGACUUUGGAAUAGUGUUAUGCUGAGGAAAAGUAAGAUUGUGCCAAGCGAUGUAUCUGCGGUACCGAAAGCUGCAUCUCCGAAGGAAACACCAAAAAUUUUUGAAAAUGGGCACUUUUAUUUAUCUCGGUUCCCUGCCAAGCAGCGUGCAAUACUUGAGAAAAUCAUUUCUCAAAAUGGCGGGAAUUGCUAUGAAGUUACCACCAGCAAGGCAGAUCUUUUGCAUCCCUCUUUCCUUGUGGUUCCAAGCAGCGCUCAUGUGCGAGAAUUAACAUCAUUCGAGCAGUCAUUCUCUCACCAAGUCACAGAGUUUUUCUUCGAGAGGUGCCUACACUACAAGAAGCUACUGAAACCAGAUCCAUGGUGCUCACCCUUUCUUUCGGAAUUUCAUAUCAAGCCUUGUCCGGGGCUCUCAUCAAAAGCUGGAGGGUCAAACACUCUAAAGGUAGCCAUAACAGGAUUCCAAGGCGUGGAACUGCUACAUAUCACGAAGAUGUUAGAAGCACUAUUACCAUCGGGUUUAGAGUUGAAGCAAACCCUGAACAAAGAUACUGAUAUUCUUCUCAUAAAUCUGGGUGCCCUUAAUAGUAUUCCCGAGACACACACACUAUGGCAGAACCACCUGGCCCCUAUGUUUUUAGAGAAUCGAAAGAUCGCUCAAAACCAAAUCCACCGGAACUCUAUGAAACGUAAAAUAGACUUUAUCAAGCUGCGACAUAGCAUACCAGUCGUCACCGCUGGUUUCAUCAUCGAACUUUUCGCUCGAGGAUCCAAGUUGUGUUUGGAAAAACCCACCACAAAGAUCCAUUUCAAUGACGUCAACUGGUGCAUUUCAUGUCCAAGAGGCGAGAAAGAUGCGUUUUACCUUGAGCUUCAUAACGGAAAAGGGAUGGAAACAUAUCCUGCAGAUGGGCCUCCCUACAAUGCGGAACUCUCGAUACGGCGUACGUCCAAAGCGCAUCAGUCAGUGGGUCAUAGUCGGAAUGAGAUAAUUUCAAGACUUGAUAACAGCACCAUCCCUCAAUCCAGUUGUUCGCCUGUUGAACGAGUCAAGCGAGCAUACACCGACUCUAACGUGGGGGAAAAAGAAUUAGGCAUUCUACCGCAACCCAAAAUUCCGAGACUGGCCCCUGCCGAAACCCUCCAGCCUAUUCAAAGGUCGACCAGUUGGGGACGGAUGUUGUCAGAUCAAGCCCGUAGAGCCGAAGAUCAGCUUGAAAUAGAAUCGAACUCUGCGAUGGAAGAAGAAGAACAGGUCCACACUCAGGUGACCUAUGGAUCGCCGCAAGGUAAACCCACUUCAGCUGUGUCAGUGAGAAGGAUAACUCGUCAACAUAUGCGUGAAGUCGAUACUUAA